AUGUCUGUGACCAAACUGAAAGACCACAACAAUCAGAUUAUAUUCCUGAGAGACAAGUAUGUUGAUUUCUUUAGUUCUUCUUAUGUGUAUACGUAUGUAUAAAGAGUUUCUUCUAUAAAUUUGAAAUUAAUGUGUUGCAGUACAAACAAAAGAGAGAUACAGAAUUAAUACCAGAGCAAGAUGAUCCUCUCUUAAUAUUUUCCACACUAGAUGGUUCCUUGGUUGGUAUAAAACAACGUUCGGGAAAUGUACUUUGGCGGCAAAGCGAUGGCCCAUGUUUUUACCAGAUCCAAAGGAUGGCUCUUUGUAUGUAUUUGGAGCAGAAACUGAAGCUCUAAGGAAACUACCAUUCACUAUACCACAACUUGUGACAAAUAGUCCAUGUCGUAGCAGUGAUGGGAUAUUAUAUACUGGUAGAAAAAUUGACACUUGGUUUGGCAUUGAUCCUAGAACUGGUCAAAGAGAACAACUUCUAGGAUUUGAUAAAGUAAAAAAUACUUGUCCUGUAGAAAUGCAAAAUGCUGUUUUUAUGGGACGUACGGAAUAUAAUAUCAUGAUGGUGGAUAGUAAGCAGAAGAAUCGAAAAUGGAAUGUUACAUUUUAUGAUUAUACUGCUACAAAAAUGGAACCUGAAGGAAUAGAAAAUUAUGAUCUGGUUCAUUUUGCGACGAGUUCCACUGGACGGAUUGUCACUGUAGAUAGAAGAUUAGGAAUUAUUCUGUGGGAGCUGGAUGUACAGAGUCCAGUGAUAGCAGUGUACAUCGUAAGAGAAGAUGGCUUGUUAACAGUUCCUUUUACUAGUGUCGCAGAUCAAACUUUAAAUCUUCUUCUAGAACGUUUCGCCAACAAACCGAGCGACAUUCAGUUAUUUCCAACGUUAUAUAUCGGUCAACACAGACAUGGAUUAUAUGCUUUACCAUCUCUUGUAGAUUCAACAACAGCUACAAUAUCGAGUAAUAUUGGUCGAUUGUUGCUCGAAGGUCCAUUAUCAGUUCCACAAUUAGGAAAAAAUAACAAUGGGAAUAUUCCUUUGUCUGAUUCACAUUUUGACAAGACUGAUUUUAUUGCUGGAAGUGGCUAUCAGGCAGUUAUAACGUUAGGUCACUACGAAAUACCCGCUGAAUAUAAAUUACAAGAUCAACAACCUCUUCAAAUUACUGGCCGGUCCGAUCCUGUCAUUGAAACAUUACCUUUUCGGUACUUGAAUUCUACGAAACCAUCAUUGUUCAGCUUACAAAAUGACGAUAAAUCUAACAAUAAUCCAAAUAAUGAGUCAUGGCGCGAGUUUAUGCAGAAUACUUACAUAAUGGGCAAAAAUUGGUUCAGUCAACAGGAAAAUAAAGGAUUAAAGUUAACAUUAAUCGCAUUGAUUGGAUGUGUAGUAGGAAUGUUUUGGUACUUACACGCACAAUUUAAGGAGUUUCAACAGUUUUCUCAGGGUUCCCGAGAAAAUAGCAAUACCAAUGAUUAUUAUGGAGCGCGAUCAAACACACUCGUAGCUCCAGAGGACAUGGGUGAGGGAGUGGUUAAAGUUGGAAAAAUAACUUUUGAUACCGGACAAGUUCUGGGCAAGGGAUGCGAGGGAACUUUUGUAUACAAAGGCAGUUUCGAUGGACGUUCUGUAGCUGUAAAGCGUUUGUUACCGGAUUGUUUUACAUUUGCUGACCGAGAAGUAGCAUUGCUCAGAGAGUCGGACGCGCACGCGAAUGUUGUGCGAUAUUUCUGCACCGAACAAGAUAGGAUGUUCAGAUAUAUUGCAUUAGAACUAGCCGAGGCGACUUUACAAGAUUAUGUAGCAGGAAAGUACGAUAAGAAAAAAAUAUCCGCAAAAAGUAUACUACGACAAGCUACAUCAGGAUUAGCUCAUCUGCAUCUCCUUGACAUCGUGCAUAGAGACAUCAAACCUCACAAUGUAUUACUAUCAGCCCCGGGUCCGCGCGGAGAAGUAAGAGCCAUGAUAUCGGAUUUUGGUUUGUGCAAGAAGCUUCAACUAGGUCGCGUGUCUUUUUCACGUAGAUCAGGUAUAACAGGUACCGAUGGUUGGAUCGCGCCGGAAAUGUUAAAUGGAAACAGAACUACUUGUGCUGUGGAUAUCUUUUCUCUUGGUUGCGUUUUUUAUUACGUUCUUUCUGAUGGAAAACAUCCAUUCGGAGAUCCAUUACGGCGGCAAGCCAACAUUCUUUGCGGUGAAAGUGACUUAACGGCCCUUCAUGAUGGAAUCUCUCAAAAUGACAAGGAAUUAGCAUUAGUACUUAUAAAAGCAAUGAUUGCAAAUAACCCAUCGGAAAGACCACCUGUAAUAGCGGUUCAUGAUCAUCCAAUAUUCUGGGAACCUGCUACAAUUCUUGCAUUUUUUCAGGAUGUGAGCGAUCGAGUGGAAAGGGAACAAAUCAACAGUCCGGCCUUAAUUGCACUGGAGUCUGAUAGCAAGCGAGUAUUACAAGGAGAUUGGAGGUUACUCAUUGACGUGGAAGUUGCAACUGAUCUGCGAAAGUAUAGAAGCUACCGGGGUAAAAGCGUUCGAGAUUUAUUAAGGGCAUUACGAAACAAGAAACAUCACUAUAGGGAGCUGAGUCCCCAAGCUCAAGAAAACCUUGGAUAUAUUCCUGACAAAUUUGCCGAUUAUUGGCUCUCUAGAUUUCCCCGUUUGCUCUCGUACGUAUGGUGUGCUAUGCAAGCUUUCCGCGAAGAAUCAACGUUAAAGACCUAUUAUCACGUGGAUUACAUAUUUACAAACAUUUGUGAAACGGAAUCUUUAGAGAUUCAAAAUACUCGAUCAACAGAUUACACGAUAGCGCCGAAUAUCUGGAAUGUCCAAGAUAAUGUCGAUUGGAAUCCGAAUAGGGCAAGGUACAGGGGGGGCCAACGAAGAAAACAAGAGAAGAAAAAACUAGACAUACCAGAUGCUUGGACGUUACCUUUGAAUUAG